ACGCGUGGUUUUCUUUUUAAAAUAGCGCUUUUUUCGCAAAGCUUGAGAGAGAGAGAGAGAGAGAGGGGCGAAGAGGCACUCGGCGUUUUGGUGAGGAGAGGGAAGGGAAGGGACUGGAGGGUAGUGGUUACCUUCUUUUCUUCCAAAUAGAGUGGAGGAGAGGUUUAAAGGCGUGUGGAGAACUUCGCCGUUCUUCGGCCCAGGCGCUCGACUGCUACGCCUCGUCUUGAAAGGGAUAACAAGAGAGAAGAGCACCGGAGAAUAUCUGGGAUCUCGACACCGGUUAUAUCUUAAAGCUUCGUGCUGUUCGUAGUACGUAUGCUGCUUUGCUGAGAAACAGAAGGUAGAACGGGACGUGGUUCUGUGGCGUACGCAUCGGGUGGACAGGAGAGCGCGACGAUGGAGGCGGGAUCGCAAGGAGUGGAUCUGUACAAGGAGCUAUGGAAGUUGUGCGCGGGGCCGCUGGUGGAGGUGCCGCGGGAGAACGAGAGGGUCUUCUACUUCCCCCAAGGUCACAUGGAGCAGUUGGAGGCGUCGACAAAUCAGGAAUUAGAUCUGCAAAUACCCCGCUUGAGUCUUCCUUCCAAUAUUCUUUGCCGUGUUGUUAACGUUCAACUUAAAGCGGAGCCUGAAACCGAUGAAGUUUAUGCUCAAGUUACUUUGCAGCCAGAGCUAGAUCAAGGCGAGCCUGCAAACCUUGAUUCAACUCUUCUCGAGCCUCCAAGGCCGAGGGUCCAGUCCUUCUGUAAGAUUCUAACUGCCUCUGACACAAGCACCCAUGGCGGGUUCUCUGUUCUUCGAAGACACGCCACCGAGUGCCUUCCUCCACUGGACAUGUCGCAGCCAACCCCAACACAAGAGCUGGCUGCCAAAGAUCUCCACGGCUUUGAAUGGAGAUUCAAACAUAUCUUCAGAGGUCAACCACGGAGGCACUUGCUCACCACUGGAUGGAGUACCUUUGUCACAUCUAAGAGAUUGGUUGCUGGGGAUGCUUUUGUUUUCCUGAGAGGGGAAAGUGGAGAACUGCGUGUGGGAGUAAGGCGUCUUGCGAAGCAGCAAAGCAUGGUUCCAAGUUCGCUGAUAUCCAGUCAAAGUAUGCAUCUUGGUGUGCUUGCAACUGCAUCACAUGCUAUUUCAACUGGUACUCUAUUCGUGGUCUACUACAAACCAAGGAUAAGUCAGUUCAUCGUCGGUGUUAACAAAUGCUUGGAAGCUGUUAAACAUGGAUUCACAGUUGGGAUGAGAUUUAAAAUGAGAUUUGAGUGUGAAGAUAUUCCUGAGAAAAGGUUUACUGGAACUAUAGUUGGGGUAGGAGAUGUUUCUUCUCAAUGGGCCGGUUCUAAGUGGAGAUCACUGAAGGUUCAAUGGGAUGAAGCAACAAGCAUUAUACGACCGGAUCGGAUUUCUCCAUGGGAGAUCGAGCCUUUUGAUGCCCCUGCCCCAGCUUUAAAUGCCUCGCAGCCGGUGUUUGCGAAGAACAAAAGGCCUAGGCAAUCCAUGGACAUUGUGGAUCACCCAGUUCUUGAAACCACACCACCAUUCUGGUUUUCAGGAAAGACCCAGUCGCAUGAUUUAGCUGCACUAAGUAGUGUUGAUGCCAACAACAGUGAAACUCAAGUCAUCUUGCCAUGCUUGCAGAAAGGAGAUAAGGAAGAUGGUGUUAAAAAUGGUCCUAGCCCUUGUGAACCUGUAGCAUUGGAUGGCCGGCUGAAGGACUUCAAUUCGCCGACUAAGAGGCCGCCAUCUUCGCUGACAGAUGUUUCUCUGCAGCUAUUUCAGGACAUGAAUGAUGAGGCAACGGUCACUUCAUUGGCUAGUGAUGUACAAGAAUGGAAGAAACCUGAGGUUGGUAGCAGCAGUUACCGGUUGUUUGGGAUUGAUUUGAUGAAUCAUUCCAAAAGCACAGUGAUUGCUGAGAAGGCAGUUGCUCCACCUGUUGUUGGUGUAUCUGUUGCCCCGGUGGAAGAAUCGGACCGGCAGUUCGGGCUUUCAAAGGCUUCUAAAGAGCAGAAACAAGGCCUAGAUUCCAGUCCAAAGGAGAUGCAGAGCAGGCAACAUGGUUCUACCAGAAGUCGCAUAAAGGUUCACAUGCAAGGCAUGGCGGUUGGCAGAGCUGUGGAUCUAACAAAUCUACAAGGUUACAGUGAGCUGACAACAGAGCUAGAACAGAUGUUUGAUAUCAAAGGAGAGCUUCGCCAACCGAACAAAUGGGAAGUUGUCUUCACUGAUGAUGAGGGUGAUAUGAUGCUAGUGGGCGAUGAUCCCUGGCUGGAGUUUUGCAAAAUGGUGAGAAAGAUAUUCAUCUACACGAGUGAAGAGGUGAAGAAGAUGAAGCCCAGGAGCAAGCUUUCUUCUCCAUCCAUUGAGGCUGAAGAAGCAUGAAGUAUGGUUGGUUGCUGCUGCAUUUUUUCAAAAGGAACCUCAAGCUGAAUGAUGAACAGAGCAGACGGGGGGUGGUCCUUUCAAUCUUUCAGUACAUGUAGUUGUCUUCAUAUUGGGAGGGAAUUCUAACUCGAAAAAUUCCUCUAUACCUUGAGGCAAUCAACAAGAAGCAGCAUCAUAUAAUUUGCAGCUCGGUUUUUUUCAGAGCCUUGGAAAGGAUUGAGGAGACAAGGGUUAUAGAAAUUAAGCUCAUGAUAAUUGUUUAGUUUAUUUUAGUAGUCAUAUUAGGAAUGGAGAUUAAAGGGAGUGGGAAGAGUUAAGGGAUGGAUAUGGGAAUUGUGAAUAUAGUGGUCUGCGUUUGCUUGGCAUAGUCACUCUCUAGUCUUCUGUCUUUCUUUAGUUUUUCUGCUAUAUGUUUCAACUCUCCUUGUACAUAUAUUAUCACGACAUAUAAAUAGACGUAUAUGGUCUGUGUAAUUGUCCUCCACAGAGUGUAGUGUACUUGUUCGUUUCGUUCUAA